AUGGCUACCCCCAGUGUCCUUACAUUUGAUGCUGAGGGCCGUGCCGUUGAUUUCGAGGUCUGGGUCGAUGACCUCCAGCUGUUUCUCCAGUACGAUAGGGCAGACGGACUCUCUCUGUUCGAUCUCACCUCUAGUGUCUCUCCCGCCCCGCCUGCUACUGCUGACAGCACUGUUCGCUCACAGUGGGCCACACGCGAUGCUGCUGCUCGCCUUGCUGUGCGUCGCCACUUACCAAUCGCUGAGCUCACCCGCCUCCCUGACUCCCUUCGCUUAGUCAGGGACCACUUCCUCUCAGUUUGCCCCACCACUCUCACCGUCGAUCUCCUCGAGGAGCACUUCCUAGCAGCAGAGAAGAGCAUUGUCGCUGUAGGAGCCUCUCGUGGUGACCCUCGCACCCCCGUCUUUGAGGGGUGUUCACCCUCCCCCCUCUUGCCCUCUGUUGCUUCUGCUGCUGCGGCCGACCUCGUUGGUUUCGAGUCGGUCGGCGCGGCGUCUGCCCCGGGCGGGAGACGCCGCACCGGCAAGGGCAAGGGGGGCAAGGGAGCUGGAGGGGCUAGCGGGGGUGGUGGAGGUGGUGGUGGAGGCAGUGGAGGGGGUGGGGGUGGUGGUGGGAGUGGUGGGGGGGGUGGCGGGGGUGGCGGCGGAGGUGGCAGCAGUGGAGGCGGAGGAGGCGGCGGUGGUGGUAGAGGGAGCGGAGGCGGCGGAGGUGGCGGAGGCGGCGGAGGCGGCGGCGGCGGCGGCGGCGGCGGUGGAGCUGGUCGCGACUCUGCGCAGAGGAGUGGGUCCGGUGGUGGUCCGCGCCAGCAGCAGCAGCGCGGUCGUGAGACCUUGUCCCCUCAGCAGCUUCGUGAGUGGUACGCUGCGCGUCAGCGCGGUGGGGGUACUGGUCCCUGCACUUACGUCCUCCGUACCGGCGACCACGCUGGUGAGCAGUGCGGGGGCCCGCACUCCACCCAGCGCGGCUUCGGCCGCCUGACGGACGCAUGGCGUCACCAGUUCCCUGAGGCGUCAGAGAUCCCUCGCUGGGGAGAUCUGUCUAGGGCGGGGGUUGCCAUCUUUGAUCUUGACUAUGAUGCUAUCCUUGCUGCCAUGUAUGCUGUGACUACUAGUGCUGAGGGUGACUGUUACCUGUGUGUACCGCCUGACCCGGGCGUUGAGGCUACUGCUCUAGGUGCUGGUGAGGCUGCUGCUCUAGGUGCUAGUGCGUCUGGUGCCCCUAGUGCUAGUGCGUCUGCUGCCCCAGGUGCGGGUGAGUCUGCUCUCUCAGGUACUACGUCGGCUCAGGCCUUACACACCUUCACCCUUGACUCGGGUGCGUCCCGCUCUUUCUUUCGAGACAUCACCACACUUACGCUUCUUAGUCGGCCGGUUGCAGUCUCCCUGGCGGACCCCUGUGAGGGUCCUGUCUUUGCUAGCUUCUCCACUGUCUUACCGUGCUCGGCAGCCCCCUCUGGCACCCUGUCAGGUCUCUACCUCCCCUCGUUCUCUACGAAAUUGGUGAGUGGAGCGGACCUACAGGAUAGGGGGGUUGACCAGAUCACUCCUACGAGUCAGCGGGUGACCCAAUGCACGUGUGCUCGGACAGGCCGACACUUGGCCACGUUCACCCGUCGGCCAAGGUUGAGCCUGUACACCCUUACUACUGAGUCUCCUCCGGCUGCUGAGUCUGGCCAGGUAGCUGCGUCGAGUCAGGUGUUUGCUGCAGCGUCCAGGUCUGGUCCUGAGUCUGCUCCCUGCUCGUGUCGUCUCCUGUCCCACCAGACUCUCCUUUGGCACCACCGCCUUGGUCACCCCUCCCUGCCUCGUCUCCGAGGCAUGGCCUCCCGUGUCCUUGUCUCUGGUCUCCCCCGGUCUCUCCCUCCCCUGCCUCUGGGGCUUGGCCCUUCCUGCGUCCCCUGCGUUGAGGGGCGACAGCGCGCCGCCCCUCACUCCUCCGAGUUUCCUCCGAGAGAGGCUCCGUUGCAGACUCUUCAUAUGGACGUGUGGGGCCCCGCCCGCGUCCGUGGCCAGGGGCACGAGCGUUACUUCCUGUCGGUGGUUGACUACUACUCGCGUUACACCACGGUCUUCCCCUUGCGCAGCAAGGGCGACGUCACUGAGCAAAAUGGGAUUGCUGAGUGCCGCAUUGGCAUGGUCAUGGACGUCGCUCGUACGUCCAUGAUCCAUGCGGCCGCCCCCCAUUUUCGGUGGCCGUUUGCGGCUCACUACGCGGCGCAUCAGUUCAACCUUCAACCCCGGGUCUUCUUACCAGAGACCUCCCCCACCCUGCGGUGGACGGGGAAGGUUGGCGAUGCGUCUGCGUUUCGGGUCUGGGGAUCUCGGGCGUUUGUCCGCGACUUGUUUGCGGACAAGCUGUCCCCCCGUGCUGUUCCCUGCGUCUUCCUUGGCUUCCCCCCUGAUGCGCCUAGUUGGCAGUUUUACCACCCCACCUCGCGCCGUGUUCUGUCCUCCAAGGACGUCACCUUUGACGAGUCGGUGCCUUACUACCGUCUCUUCCCCUACCGCGCUGCGCCCCUUCCCCCGUCGCCGCUCUUCCUUGUGCCAGGUCCUCCCCCGGUAGACCCCCUCCCCCCCUCAGGGUCCUGCCCCGUCAGGUGUGUCCCACGUAGACGCAGUCGAGCCUGUCGAGGUAGCGGUUGA